CUGCUUUUAUUUUCACAGCAAAUCUCCUCUGCAGGAUAUCAUGAACACACCUAAAUUUCAGCUGAGGAAGAUGCAACGACAGAUGAUCAGGGAGAGAGACUACCGAGAUGGUUUGGAGAGAGAGCUGGCCACCAAGCUCGCAUUCAUUGCACAGAGAGAGUCCCAUAUUAACCAGUUGCAGUACCGCCUGGAUAAGUUGAAAGAGGAGCAAGGUGAUCAAGAGCAGGUCAUCAGGGAACAAAUUAAUGAGCUUGAGACCAAGAACAAUGUGUUACAAAUGCGUCUUAAUGAGAUGUUAAAGCAAAAUAAAGACUUCAAGAGUAACUCCUCACUUAUGGAGCGCAAAGUGGAUGAGCUGACAGAAGAAAAUGGUGUACUCUCUUCCCAGAUGAGAGCAGUGUGUUCACAGCUGGCCAUCUUUGAGAAAGAAGUUGACAGGCUGACAGAAACUCAAGCAUCUGCUCAGGAGGAGUGGAAAAGCAAAACAGGCCACCUAGAGUCUGAGCUCAAUCAGGCUACUGCUGAAAAGGAGCUUCUGACUGAAAAAAUCCAGAUCCUCCAGGGAAAGAUUUCCUGUUUGGAGGAAGAAAUAAGCAGGGCUGCUAAGGAAGAAGUAGGAGAGAAUAUGGGGCCUGUAAUGGAGAUGGUUACUGAUGGUCUUCUCUUCUUAAAUUGCCAGAGAGAAAUGUAUGAGAUGGAAAUCGGUGGUUUGAAGAAUGAGCUUGUGAGCAUGCUUAGUUCCCUGAAAAAGGCAGAAAUGGAGAUUCAGGUCAAAACACAGCAGCUGGCAGAAUAUCAGGAAGAAAUUACUCAACAAAAGGAUCUCCUGAAGCAACAGAAGUCAUGCACUGAAGAAAUUAUUCAAGCCAAGGAUGAAAUUAUAGACAAGUUGCAAAAGGAGAUCACUGAACAGAGAGUAUUCCUUCAGCAAGAGAUCCAAGAUCUCAAGCUUCAACUUCACCAAGUUGAGCAUCAGAAAACUGAGCAGACAACCAGACUACAGCAGCGAAUUACUGCUUGUGAAGCAGAAGUUGAAAAACUAAAGAAAAUUAAGAAAGAGAAGGAAGAUCUUCUCUGCCAGACUGAAGAAAAGGUGAAAGAUCUUGAGACAAAGUUAUAUGCUGCCAGUUCUCUCUUGGCUGGUAAAGACCAACAGAUUAACGGCCUUAAAGAAGAAGUUGACAUUCUUACAGAUGAAACAAAAAAAACCAAAAGUGAAAUUCAAGCCAAAGAGGAAAUGCUUGCCAAAUUACUUCUGGAGAAGUCUAACGAGCAAGAACAUUUUCACAAUAAAAUCCAGACCUUGACAGUCCAAGUUGAAGACCUUUGCUUGUCGCUCAGACAGGCUGAGCAGGAUAUUCAACUUAAGCAAGACCUACUAACUAAAACCCAGCAAGAAAAUGUUCAACAAAGGGAGAUACUCCAACAACAGAUUGUAACCUGUGAAGAAAAGGUCCAGCAGUUAAUUGAAGAGAUACAGGUCAAAAAUGAGCAGCUUGUUGUUCUAAAGAAUGAGAGCUCUCGACAGUCUGAAUCUCUGGAGCAAGAGAUUAAAGCUCUAAAAUGCCAACUAGGACAUCUGAAUGACUCUCUCAGGCAGGCAGAGGAACAAAUUCAGUCUCAAGAGGUAAUGCGUACAAAACAGGAGCAGGAAAGUGAAAAUCAGAAGGAGAUCCUGCAGCUACAACUGUCCGCUUCUGAGGAAGAGGUGAGGAAGAUGAAUGAGGAGAUCCAGAUUAAAGAGGAACAGCUGAUUCUGCUGAAGACUGACAGCUCAGUGCAGUCGCAACUUCUACAGCAACAGAUCCAAGAUUUAAAGACACAAGUGGAGACUCUACGCUCAUCACUGAGGAAAGCUGAGGAGGAUUUUAAAUCCAAGGAAAAUCUGUUUGCUGAACAGCAACUACAGAGUACUCAGGGUAUGGAGGCACUCCAAGUGCAGAUGGUAGCAUCUCAAGAUGAGGUGAAGAGGCUAAAUGUAGAGAUCCAUGCCAAGGAGGAGCAGUUGGUUCUCCUAAAGACUGAGACCUCUACACACUCUGAGCUGCUACAGCAGGAGAUUGAAAGCCUGAAUAAACAAAUAGAAAAUAUGAACCGUUCUCUUGAGAUGGCCAAGGACCAGGUUCAAGCCAAAGAAGACUUGAUUGCCAAGCAAGAGCAGGAGAGCACUUUGCAGAUUGAGGCACUCGGAAAGCACAGUGCAGUUCUCGAGGAAGAGGUUAAUCGGCUGAGAGAGGAGAUCCAAACUAAGGAGGGUGAGCUGGACAUGUUAAAGGUCGAGAACUGCAAGGAGUCAGAGGUGCUACAGAAUGAGAUCCAUUCUCUGAGGGACAAAGUACAAAGUUUGGAUGAAUCCUUGAAGACUACACAAGAGCAGGUUCGUGCAAAAGAGAACCUGCUGACUCAGAAGGAAAUGGAGAUUUCUCAGGAAAAAGAUGGAUUCCAAAACAUGAUGGCAACCUCUGAAGAGGAGAUGAAAGGGCUUAGGGAGCAGAUCAAGGCUAAAGAGGAACAGCUGGUCACACAAACUAAAGAGAGCUCCAUAAAUUCUGACUUGUUCCAGCAAGAGAUUGAAUGUCUAAAAAGCCAACUAGCUAAUUUGGGUGACUCUCUCAGAAAGGCUGAAGAGAAGAUUCAGACUCCGCUAGCUGUGCUCACCAGCCAGGAGCAGGAGAGCGCUCAUCAGAAUGAUCUCCUGCAGCGACAACUCUCUGCUUCUGAGGAAGAGGUGAGGAAGAUGAAUGAGGAGAUCCGGAUUAAAGAGGAACAGCUGAUUCUGCUGAAGACUGAUGGCUCAGAGCAGUCGCAACUUCUACAGCAACAGAUCCAAGAUUUAAAGACACAAGUGGAGACUCUACGCUCAUCACUGAGGAAAGCUGAGGAGGAUUUUAAAUCCAAGGAAAAUCUGUUUGCUGAACAGCAACUACAGAGUACUCAGGGUAUGGAGGCACUCCAAGUGCAGAUGGUAGCAUCUCAAGAUGAGGUGAAGAGGCUAAAUGUAGAGAUCCAUGCCAAGGAGGAGCAGUUGCAGGUUCGUGCAAAAGAGAACCUGCUGACUCAGAAGGAAAUGGAGAUUUCUCAGGAAAAAGAUGCAUUCCAAAACAUGAUGGCAACCUCUGAAGAGGAGAUGAAAGGGCUUAGGGAGCAGAUCAAGGCUAAAGAGGAACAGCUGGUCGAACAAAAUAAAGAGAGCUCCAUAAAUUCUGACUUGUUCCAGCAAGAGAUUGAAUGUCUAAAAAGCCAACUAGCUAAUUUGGGUGACUCUCUCAGAAAGGCUGAAGAGAAGAUUCAGACUCAGCUAGCUGUGCUCACCAGCCAGGAGCAGGAGAGCGCUCAUCAGAAUGAUCUCCUGCAGCGACAACUCUCUGCUUCUGAGGAAGAGGUGAGGAAGAUGAAUGAGGAGAUCCGGAUUAAAGAGGAACAGCUGAUUCUGCUGAAGACUGAUGGCUCAGAGCAGUCGCAACUUCUACAGCAACAGAUCCAAGAUUUAAAGACACAAGUGGAGACUCUACGCUCAUCACUGAGGAAAGCUGAGGAGGUUUUGAAAUCCAAGGAAAAUCUGUUUGCUCAUCAAGAGCAAGAAAAUACUCAACAGAGGGAAGCACUCCAAAGCCUACAAGAGAAAGUCAAACAAGCUGAGAUUCUGCAGAAACAGAUUUCUUUGCGUGAAGACGAGAUCCAAAAGCUUAAAGAAUCUCAAAGUAAGAAAGAAUGCUGCUUCCUUCAGACUGAGAGAGACCUCCAGAAACAGCUAUCGGCAAAAUCGGAGGCUGCAGAACACUACAAGGCACAGAUGGAGAAGGCAGUGAACCAUUACAAUGGCAAAAAGCAGCUUCUUCAGGAAAGCCAAGAGGAGGUGGCCCAUCUCAAACAUUCCUUAGAGGCUAAAGAGCGAGAAGUACAGGCCAUUGCCAUGGAAAAGAAGAUUCUUCAACUGGAUUUGGAGAAAGCCCUAACCAGUGAGAAGAAACUUGUGAGCACGGUGGCUAGUUUGGAGGCACAGCUGACCUUUGCUGACCGUAAACUGCGUGCACAGAAUAAGGUUCAAGUUAAAGAAGAAAGGUCAACAGAGACAUGUUUCUUUGAGGUUCCCGGCAUGCGCUCAGGUGUUCACAGUAGAGCACUUGAAGUGAAGAGAACCAUGAGUGCUGACAGUCUGGACCAGAGCUCUCUGGAAGAUUUUCUGGACUCCACAAGGAAACUCUCAGAGCCUGAUGAAUCAAGCACACCGCUUGUCCGCAGUUCAGAGCGCUUGGCAGAGAAACGCCGGGGUCUAUGUGCCGAGUCACUGGAAACCCUUUACUUUACACCAAUAAACAACAAACAGAUCAACAGGACCAGUACAGCGCACAAAAUGGAAGUGGAUUCAGCCUGUAGAAAUCCAACUUCUUCUGUGAAGCGACGCAGGACCACUCAGGUUAUUAACAUCACCAUGACCAAGAAAACCCCAGGUGGAAGUGAAGCUGAUGAAACUUUCUAUAGUCUGGCCUCCGCUCGCUCCCAACCAAACCUCUCCAAUGCUCCCUCUGCACAACCCGUGUCUAUGGAGCUCUUUGGCACACCUGCCAGAAUGACCGGCGCUGCCAACGACCAGCUCAUCGGUCUUCCAGGGUACAGACGGAGCGCAGUCCAUUCACAAACCACGAGUACAUUCUGCGUGGGGGCAGAGAACGAGCCAGACGGUGCACCUGACGAUUGGAUGAGGAUUGCUGAGCUCCAGGCCAGGAACAAGGCCUGCCUUCCUCAUCUAAAGAGCAGCUACCCUGUGGAGUCUGAGACCGGCCAUGGCAGUGUGUUCGUUUUUACAGAUGAAGAACUCAGAAUGGGCGACCCGUCUGACACAAUCCGUCGGGCGUCUAUGAUGCCCGGCCAGCUGCAAGACUCUCUCUCCUCCCACCGGCACUCCCUCAUGGUGGGACACGCAGGUGCCGCAGCCAGCAGACGUUCUCAUCGCAUGUCCUUGAUGCCAGGCCAGCUGCCAUCCAACACGGUCAGCUCCUCUCAUCUCAGGAGUCCGAAAGGGACUAAGCGGUCUUCAUCUACAUUGUCCAUACAUCAGACUUCGCCAGAGAAAAGGGUGAAGGCCAGCUGCUUCCCCCGUCCACUGACUCCCAAAAACAAGAAUGUGAACAGUGGGCCCUCCACCUCUAAGCUUCACCCUGCCCUCAGUCCAGCCGAGCGGAGGCAGUCUAUGAUGUUCACUGUUGAGAACACCCCUAAGAACAACAACUACCUGAGGAAAGGGCUGAACAAACUACGCAGCUCCACGCGGAAAUCCCCGGGCAAAAGCUCAAAGAAGUCGCCAGCUCAGACAUCUGCGCGCAAAUUCCAGGAAAACACGCCUUCUGCAAAUUCUCGCACUGGAGUGGGGCGAGCAGGCAGAACUGGAAGCUCUCUUGUGGCAGCUAAAGGACAGAGGAAGUCUCCACGAGCCACCACCAGUACUGCAAAGUCUCCUGGACUGACCGCUAGUGCUCGCAAGGCGCUUGUGUCUAUAAAUGAAGAAAAUCCUGCUGGAUGUUAAAAGAUGAUGAGCAGGAUGAAGGUGUGAGGACUGGUUCCCAAAUUGGAGUCCACAGUUUUACUUGAUCAUACUUUUUUUUUUUCACUUUUUUCUUUUCACAAACCCAACUUUGUUUUUAUUGUUGUCGUUGGGACUUUUGACAAUCUUGUCUUAAUCUGCCUUUUAUUUUUCUCUGUAUUAUAUUUACAUGUUUGUCAAUAAAACAAUAAAAAAAUUG